AUGUCGUACGGCCCCAAAAUGCCUCUUGCAGUAGAUUGUACUGCUGAACUGAUUCGUUGCAAGGUCCUGGAUUCAUCUGGCAAACUGAGGUCACACGAACUCAUCCUAUCGUACGGGCUGGCCCUUGUAAGAUUUGUCAACUUGAUCACAGAAAGAAAACAGAAAAUGGUCAGCAUUCCUCUGAGACAAUUAGCCAGAGAGGUGGAUAUCCCCAUCUGGGUUGUGGAUCUCCGUCAUGAGCUGACCCAUGGAAAGUUACCCCAACUAGCACUCUGCCGCAAGGGAUGCGAUGUUGUGCUGGACUGGCUACGAAAGACGUACUGGAGCCGUCAGCUGGGCAAUAAUUUGUGUGAAGAAAGCGAAGAGGAGGAUGAGCAGGAAGAGGCUGAAGCAAAUACAGAGAUGGACAGUGACACAUGGGAGAUUCAAACCCCACAGCAUGAGGCCUGUCAGAAACACAAGGAAUUCCAUGAAAAAGUCAGAGAUGUGCUGGUAUCCUACAAGAACGAGCAGUUCCGGGUUAUGCAGACGGUGCAGUCUAUUUCAAAAUCCCGAGAACUGUGGUCUGAUUCUUCUUCAGAGGUGGACUGGAUUUUAGCUCAGAUCAAAGACCUAAUGCAAGAGAACAGAGAGACAGUGGCUGAAGCUCUUCUCAGUGAUGGCUUUCUCAUCCCAACAGUGGAAUGUCUGAAGACGUUAAAUAUCAAGUAUGAAGCAAAUAAAGAGAUAUUGCAGUUCAAAAUUCCUCAGACAUUUUACUGCUUCUGGCGGCCUUUGCUGACGGGCCUUCUUUCCCGAAGCUUUACACAGACCCUAAUAGAGAAAAUGUUUACAGAGCUCAAGGAAUGUUCGGACUCUUCAGAACUUCGGCCUCAGUUCCUGAUCAACUGGAUUUCUGAGAUGCUGACUAGCAUUGCUAGAGUUAAUGCUGGGAAGAAAAGACGCCGUUGCAACAAACGGAUAUAUGUGAAGGAGCUGUUCCUCCAGAAAGUUCCUUUGCAAUGGAUAAGACUCACUGAUAAUUGCUUGGAUGCUCCCUGCUGGGCAACCCCACACCUUCUUCAGCUGAUUCUUACAAGCAUGAAGCCUCGUUUGCCUCGUUCUUCACGGAAGAACCUUCUGUAUCUCACUUCCGUUUACACGGAAGGAGGUGGCCCUUUGUCCAGUCCAGGCCUCUCUUCAGACUGCAGUGAACAGCCAAUUUACACUAUAGAGAGCUUACAGUGGAGGGCCAGGCAAGAAAAUCAGGCUAAAAAUCAUGAGCAGACUGUAGAGAGACGAGAAGAUGCGCUGGGGAGACAUGAUGGUGAAGAGGAGGUGGAGGAGGAAGAAGAAGAGAUGGUAACUGAAACAAAUCCUUUGGAAGGACUUGCUCAUUCUGAUAACAUGCUGGCUAUUGCAGAAAAACAGGCUGUGCUGCAAGGGUCUGCCUGGCAGAUUGCUGCAGAUGGUGUACAAUGGAAAGACUUUCCUAUUGGGAAACUCCCAGGUCAGACAGAUGAUCCUGAUGGUCUCAUGUUGGAUAAUUAUUCCAUGAUGUCCUUGCUUGAUCAGCCAGUGAGAGAUGAGUGGAAGUCUUCCAGUACAAACUCUGCAGAAUUAAAUAUCCCUGUGACAGGAGGAUUGUUAUGGACCCAGAAUGAUUUCCAUAAAAUAAAAAGUGGCCUUCAGCUUUUCUAAGACAGCAGAUUGUCCUGCAGCUUUCAGUAUUGCACAAGAUAAGUGACAUGGAAGAAUUAGUAUUAAUGAUAUGGAAAUAGCCACUCCAGGACCUUUUUUUUUUUUUUUUUUUUU